ACAUUGUUAUUCCUCCGGCUGGAAACUCAUUUGGGCUGGUACGGUGCGGUGGCACAGCGGCAUGAGUUCAGGUUCGAACUCGGACUUUUAAGUCGUAUUGUUCUUUGGUUGGCAGAAUGUGGGACGCGUUGCUGCGGUGGUGCGUUGACCAGCUCCACCAGCAGUUUGGGCUGGAGGCGUGCGACGACAUCGUCAAAUACAUUCUGUCCAUCGAGUCAGAUGAAGAGAUUGAGGAGUACGUGGGAGACCUCCUGCAGGGCACGGACGGGAGAAAGGGGGAGUUUAUAGACGAGCUCCUGAGCAGGUGGAGGAAGACUCAAAUACAUUCCGCAGACACCGGAAGUAGUUUCCUUUUCAAAGAAUCCGUUCCAUCAGAUUCUGACCUGAGUAAAGAUGCACAGAAGAAGUCCAAACGCAAGGGCCGUAACAAACAGGAAUUGAUGAUUGUGAGCCAAACAGAACCGGAGCCAGAGGCCGUCAAAACCCCCAUUGAUUUGAUGAGGGCCCAAGAAAACAGUUGUACUUCUUCGACAAAGAAGAAAAGUAAGUUUGUCAGUCUCUAUAAUAAAGAGGGGCAGGACAGGCUUACUGUCUUACUCCCCGGUCGACAUGCCUGCGAGUGCCUUGCUCAAAAGCACAGGCUCAUCAACAACUGCAUCAGCUGUGGUCGCAUUGUGUGCGAGCAGGAGGGCUCAGGACCAUGCCUCUUUUGUGGAACCCUGGUCUGCACAAGAGAGGAGCAGGAGAUCCUGCAACGGGAUUCCAACAAAAGCCAGAAACUCAGAAAGAAGCUCAUGGGUGACGGUGGAGAACGAGAUUUUCUCCCACACCAAGAGGCCAAGAUGAAGGCUGGCCUGGAGAAGGCUCUGCAACACAAGGACAAACUGCUGGAAUAUGACAAGAACAGUGUCCGGAGAACUCAAGUUCUAGACGACGAGUCUGACUACUUUGCCACGGAAUCCAAUCAGUGGUUGUCACCUGGCGAGCGGGAAAAGCUGAGGAAGAAGGAAGAGGAGCUCAGAGAACUCCGCCAUGCCUCUCGCAAGGACAGGAAGAUCACGUUGGACUUUGCUGGCAGACAAGUGCUUGACGAAGGAAGCAACCUUGACGAGUACUACAACAAGUUGGAUGAGACCCUCAAGGCUAUGAACAAUGACAAUAUGUCAAAAUCACCAAAGUAUUCUGAAAGACAAGGUGGAAGGCAGACCCUCGGAGAGCUGGUCAACCCCAACAUAACUCAGUCUGCACCAGAGUGGGUCAAUGUUGGAAGCAGUGAAAAGAGCAGAAGAAACACGGAGAAGGGAAAGAGUCUGGCUGUGGACAAGGGAGGAGAUGGACGUAACCGCCUGAGACUUCAAGACAAAGAGCUGCAAGAGAUGGCUGACGGAGGCUGGUGCCUCAGCAUGCAUCAACCUUGGGCCUCGCUGCUGGUCAAAGGAAUCAAAAAGGUAGAGGGGCGAACCUGGUACACAUCACACCGUGGUCGUCUUUGGAUUGCUGCUGCAGCCAAGAAGCCCACUCCUCAGGAGGUCGCUGAAGUGGAAGCCAUGUAUCGCCACCUCUACAAGAAAGAGCCCAGGUUUCCUAAGGACUACCCCACCAGCUGCCUGUUGGGUGUCGUACACAUGAGCGACUGCCUGCCUCAGGAGCAGUUCAAAGAACAGUUCCCUGGUACCUGUGAGGAGUCCGCUUCCCCAUUCGUCUUCAUCUGUGCCAACCCUCAGGAGCUGCUGGUGAAAUUCCCCAUGAAAGGGAAGCACAAGAUCUCCGUCACCCAGAGAAAUUCCAGAGGUGUUCCCACACCUAAGCAGCACUUGCUCCUGGCAGGAAACAGGCAGACAACACUGACAGCCAUUCAGACAGGCUUGGAAAUGGGAAGCUGGAGAGCCAGUACCACCAGGGUGCCAAGAAGGGGCUGCUCCCGUCAGCGAGCUGAGUGACGUCGGAGGGCAAGCCAGGGAGGACAAAAAAGCCCAAUCUCACGGGAAGGUGGCAAACUACGUUUUCUAACCAGUGUUUCCCCUGGGGUGGUCCCAACAUUGAGAACACAUAUUUGUUUUCAAUCACAUUCAUUUGCAUUUUACGUAAGGAAUCUUGCUUAAAAACUAUUCAGCACUUUUGAGCAUGAUGACAAAUCCAUGCAUUUGUUUCUUUCUGUGCUUUAUUUCCGAUUAAAAUGUGAUCUGUCCAAAUUUGAAAAAA